AAAAUGGAGACUAUAAUAACAUGAAUUGUAAACAGUAUCAGUAGUCUUAGUUGGUGCAAACAAAAACUGAAAAGGAACUGUAAUAAAAUUCUCUCCUGGUCAAAGUGCACAGUAACAUGGGCUGUGAAGCUUUGUUUAGUCUUUGGCGUAAAUGGAUUAGAUUUGUAGUCAUUCUUGUUUAUGUAGUUUUAUUAGUAAUCGCCGUACCUCUGUGCAUUUGGGAACUGGAGAAAAAAGGAGCACCAGAUCACGUUCAAGCAUGGUUUGUUGGAGGGAUGUUUGUGCUUAUGGCUUUGCCGAUAUCCUUUUGGGGAAUACUUCAACAUGUAUUAAACUACACGACUCCCUAUUUACAAAGACAUAUCAUACGUGUUUUAUGGAUGGUCCCAGUGUAUGCCUUGAAUGCGUGGUUUGCACUUAGAUUUCCAGAAGCAGCCAUUUACCUUGACACAUUACGAGAAUGUUAUGAAGCUUAUGUUAUCUAUAAUUUCAUGGCCUAUUUGCUGUCAUUCCUUUAUCAUGAAUAUCCUGACAUAGAUGAACAGGUUGAAAGUAAACCACCAAUAAGUUUUCUUUUUCCCCUUUGUUUGCUGCCACCUUGCAGUGAUGGGAGAAAGUUUAUUCAGAGAUGUAAACAUGGUGUGCUGCAGUAUACCAUUGUCAGGCCUCUCAUGACUAUCAUUGCAUUCAUCUGUGAAAUGUGUGACAAGUAUGGAGAGGGAGACUUUAACUUUUCUACUGCCUGGUCUUAUAUUGUCAUUAUUGGCAAUUUUUCACAAAUUUUUGCUAUGUACUGUUUAGUGCUGUUUUACAAAGCAUUCCGACAUGAACUGAAACCACUAAAGCCAGUACCCAAAUUCCUUUGUGUUAAAGCUGUGGUUUUCUUGUCAUUUUGGCAAGGUCUGUUUAUAGCAGUCCUCACCAAAACUAAUGUCAUUCCUUCCAAUGGUGCUUGGGUGUUCUACAAGGACAUCAAACAGGUUUCAACAGGAAUUCAGGAUUUUCUCAUCUGCAUUGAGAUGUUUUUAGCUGCCAUUGCCCACUAUUUCUCAUUUUCCCACAAACCAUUUGUAAACAUGGCAGCAGACCAGCAGGACUGUUGUUCUUCCUUCAUGUCUAUGUGGGACGUCAGGGAUGUAACGGGGGACGUGGUGGAGCACGCCAAGUACAUAGGACAAGGUAUCCAGAAAAAUUUGAACCGCGGUAAGCGUUUGAUAAUGAAAAGUGAUGGAGAGAGAACUCCUUUACUUGCUGAUAACAGUCGGUCACCAAACCCUGCCCACAACUUUCAAAGUGCAAACCCAGCGGUCAUGGCUGAAGAUGACAGUGUGGCUGACUUUGACACGGCUAACAAAUCCACUUCUAGCAUGAACAAUUAUGCUAUUUUUGAAAACAGCACUGAAGCUCAGCUUGAAGGUCUCUCCAGGUCAGUAAGUUUAAAGGCCUACGAGAGUGGGGAUGAUGAGCCUGGUGGUUCUGCACAUCAACCUUCACUCAGGGCAGUUGACCAGGACAAGAUUUCAACAUCUGAGGUGGUAAAUAAGGAUAAUUACACUACUGUUACAGUGCAUCAUCUAGACACAAGUUCAUCUGACCAAACAGAAAACAUCACGGCUAACUAUGAUAGUGUAUUUGAACAUCUAGAUGUUCAUGAAGAGGAUAGAAAAUCUCUUCCUGACAACCCGCCCAGUUCAGGACAGUCACAAAUGAAGGAGGCACAUCUCCCCUCAGAGGAGUCACGUCUCCCCCCAGAGGAUCAAUCUGAUUCUGUACAAGCUUCCCAGCUACAAACUUCAGUAAGUCUCAGUUUACCAGACAUGCAGUCUCACAAGCAACAUGAAACAACUGCUAGUACACAACCUGAUCUAGAAAAAUCAAUUGCUAGUACACACGCUGAGGUUGAAGAAAACGCCAUUAGUACACAACUUGAACAAGAAGAAACACCCAGUGCCCAUCCUGAGACCUACAAUAGAAUCGAUGACCCGGUUGUUUGAUUCUUCUUGUCCUUGUGCAAGUAUCCACCUUCAAACAUUUAUACCACCAGAAAUAAGAACAUUUGAGGUUGAGUGAUUUUAAUUUUAAGAUAUAAAUUAAAAAAAAAAGCUUCUUAUAAUUAAAAGAAUUGCUAUGCAUGUUACAAACUCUUUAGUGUGUAGUUUUUAAAUUUGCUUUCAUAUUUAAAAAUAUUUUCUAUUAUAAGUUAGGAAAAUGUCUAUAAAAAUCAAACAAUGGAGUAAAAAAAGUGUGUAAUUCAUGUGUGAUUAAACUACCAGAAAUACAUAUUUUUGACAAUAACGUGACUGUUAAUUUAGUGUGCAUGGCAAGAUUGAUAGAGUUGCAAGCCUUGUAAAUUAGGGAAACCCAGAUAGCAAUCACAGAUGUUGAAUAUUAUUCCAACUAAGGUGGCUGAUACUCACCAAUCUCACAGUUUAUACACAUUUGUAUUUAAAAAAAAUUAUUUAUUAAAAUGUUAAUGUUUUUUUUAACUUUAGUUUUUUUAAAAUAUACCUCAGGUAAUUUUACACCUUCCAAGACCGUUAGAGAAAAAGUUCUUUUGGAAUAGUAAUUUUCUUGUAACUAAUAUUUUUAAAUUUUUUCAUUAUAUGUUAUAAGCAACUUUUUUUAGCUCUUCAUUAUUCUCUUAGAAAAAGAUAUUCUGACCAUGCACAAUCUUACACGACAGUGGCUUAGACUUGAUAAUGUACUUCAGAAAUUAAAUUUUGACGCAGGGCUUGGUUGGACUUGACUGACAAAACAUUUAUUCAUCAUUUAAAGUUAUUCUUAUAUAUAUAUUUCAUGCAAGUGCUUUACAUCAAUUUUUAAAAAUACUCAAUGUCUUUCAAUUUCACAUAAUAAUGCAUAUUUAUUUUGCUUGUGCCCAGGCAAAGAAUUUUUUAUCAUUUGCAGAUUGCUUUCUGUAGGGAGUAAUUAAAGAAGGAAAUGUUAAAGUAUGCCUCUUGAUAAACAUUUCACUGUUUAAUAUGGUACCGCUGCUUCAGUUGUUUAUAAAUAUGUAACAUUUAAAAAAAUAUUUUCUAUAUUUUUUAAAUAUGAGUUUUUCAACAAUUCAGUUAUGAUCUGAAUAUGAAUAUUUUAAACAUAUAAUUUAAAAAGUAACAAAAAAAAUAGCCUAGUACAAUAAUGUGAUCUCUACAAGUGCAUUAAAAUGUGUCUACAAAAUUCAUUUAUGUAUCGUCUGAAAAAGUAUUUGAAAUUAUAAUUGGUAAUUAAUAAUUUUCAAAAUAAUCAUACCAUAUGAAUGUCUCAAGUUUUAUUUUGAUUGAUUGUAAUAUAUUUUGUUGCUUGAUUUUUGUCUUAUUUGUAAUAAGUAAUAAUAUUUUUUUAAAUAAUUGAAUAAAUUUGUAAAAACUGGUAGAAUCAAAAAAGAGAAUUUUAUAUGCUGUAUGUAAAUAACAUUUUAAAUCAGUAUUUAAAGCACGAUUAAAUAAAUGAUUAUGUUCAUUAAUUAUACUCCCACAUUAUAACUAAUACUAACCAAAAUGAAAUUUAAGAAAACAUGUUUCGAUUACACUUUAAUGGCUAACUAUUGAAAGUAAAAGAAAUGUUUAUCCGACACAACAAAAUGACAUAUUACUUUAAUGAUGGUUACAUUUUUAUGCUUACCAUUCAUGGGCUAUAGUAAAUACGUAAUGCUAUAUCAAAUGUUUUUAUUUUAUGUAGGACUAGAUAAAUAAUGUGCAAACCAUGUAAAUAAAGUUG